GAUUUCGAGAGGCUUCUCGGAAUGACAACCAGAAAAAGUUGGUCAAAGACAACGCAAGUAGUACUUGGCAACAAUGCCCAGAGUUACAAAGAAACAGAAAGAGUCAGGUAAGGCGCCAAAGCCUAAGCCGAGAGCCAGGUCGGCUCCGAACGCAAGUGCAAAGCAGGGAUUCAAGACUGCACCAUCUCGUGCACCCAAAGAUGCUUACCUCGGUAAAGCUAAGAAGAUCAAGACCGACUUGAUUCAACGUGCCAAAGUCAAAAAACAAUACGCCAAAGUCCUUCGCGCUGAAGGGAUGGAGAGUGAGCGACUAGGUGACGGUUCUAGGCGACGCAAUGAACGGGAAGAAAGCGAUAACAAACUCAAGGGGAAGACAGGAAGCUUUAAGGGGAAGGAAAGGCGGGAGAGGGAAGAGAGAGGGGAAGAGGAUCCGGAUACGGCUCGGAUUCGUGCCCGUGCCGGCCCUUCCUCUUCUUCCUCUUCUUUCUCUCGUCCCAACAAGCCAUUCAACAAGUCUUACAACAAUAAGCCUUACGACAAAACUACUCGGAAGUCUCGAGUCGAGGAAGCACCCCCUAAACCCAAAGUCCGCGCUCUUUCGCCGUCUCCUCCCCCUUCCGCUCCUUCCUCUGAACCGAAACCAUCCUUAAGAACAUUGAAGAAAGAAGGUUUUUCAAAAUAUCAUCGGGCGAAGGAUGCAACGGGUUUAUCAAAAGGGAGAGGUCAGCCGAAUAUGGGCGCUAGGAUGGGGGUGUUGUUGGAGAAGAUCAAGAGGAUGUGAAGAGUGCAUCAGAUAGAUGGCUGGCAAGCAAUUGUACGAUAAGUGGAUAUGCGAGCAUGGGAUCAUGCAGUGUUGUAUGACAUUGACUAGUUCCGGCCGAGACGAAAUCAAAGCUUUUCAUAGUGCAAGACAUCACUUUCAUGUUCAUUCGCACUGUUUAUGCUCAUAACAAAACGUAAACACUCUUGGCCAGAUGGAUGUUUGAAGCUUAUGUGUUAAUUCAUCAAAGACAACGAAGAUAAAGCCACAUGUAUUAACGCAGGCUAUUCAAGCUUUCUCGGAUUUCUUGGUAUACUUCUCAAUGCUCU